CUCUCUCUCUCUCUCUCUCGUUUCAAAAAAGCCAUUCCUUCGUUCUCUUCCAGCUUCCAUUUCUCCUCUCCUUUCUCCAUGCAUCCAAAAUCCAAAUUUAAGCAAUCAAAUCCUCUUCCACUCUGACAUUCCUCUCCAAAAUCCAAUUUUUUAGCAUUCAAAUCCUCUUGCAGGGCUGCAGUCCUCGCAAAAAUCCAAUCUUUCCUCAUACUCUCCAACCAUUCCUUCCAAAAGUGCGAUCUUUAUCACAGCGUCCAUUUCUAAUCCCUCCUCCACUAUUUCAAUAAAGAGGAGAACAAGAAGGGUAUGUCGGACACUGAUCUCUCCAAGCCCACGGCCAUCUUUGGCCUCCACUUGUGGGCGGUGGUAGGCAUCUGCGUCGGUGCCGCCUUCGUCCUGUUCUUGUUCUUCCUCUCCCUCUGGUACGCUUCCAAGCGCAGGACGGCUCCCACGAUUCCUAACAUCUCCAAAGAAAUCCAAGAAGUCCGCGCCGACCACGCUUACCGCCCCUCCGAUGCCAAAUCCUUCGCCCAAUUCCUCCAAAACCCCCUCUCCGACUCCCAGCCCUCUGUUCUCCUCCCUCUCAAGCGGCAGCGGGAGGAGGAGGCCCCAACCGGGCUCCAGAAAAUCCGUGUGGACACCGGUAAGGAGCAUCGGAUCACCUUCCCGGAGCGCAGGAGCGGCGGUGGGUCGUCGCAUGGGAGCGGCGAGGGCCGAGCAGUGGAGCAGGCCUCGCCGGCCGUCCCCGAGGUCUCCCAUUUGGGGUGGGGGCAUUGGUACACUCUCAGGGAGCUCGAGGUGGCGACCAAUAUGUUUGCUGAUGAGAAUGUGAUCGGAGAAGGUGGGUAUGGGAUUGUGUAUCAUGGUGUUUUGGAAGACAACACUCAGAUUGCUGUCAAGAACUUGCUCAAUGACAGGGGACAAGCUGAGAACGAAUUUAAAGUAGAAGUGGAAGCAAUUGGACGAGUUCGACACAAAAAUUUAGUGAGGUUACUAGGGUAUUGUGCAGAAGGAGCUCAUAGGAUGCUUGUAUAUGAGUAUGUGGACAAUGGCAACUUAGAGCAGUGGCUUCAUGGGGAUGUUGGACCUGUUAGCCCUUUGACAUGGAAGAUUCGAAUGAACAUAAUACUUGGAACAGCAAAAGGGUUACUCUACUUACAUGAGGGACUUGAGCCGAAGGUGGUUCACCGUGAUAUUAAAUCAAGCAAUAUAUUGCUUGAUAGGCAGUGGAAUCCCAAACUUUCUGAUUUUGGCCUUGCUAAGCUCUUGGGCUCGGAGAGGAGCUAUGUCACAACACGCGUGAUGGGAACAUUUGGUUAUGUGGCACCUGAAUAUGCUGGCACUGGUAUGUUGAAUGAGUCAAGUGAUAUUUAUAGUUUUGGGAUUCUUAUUAUGGAGAUAGUUUCUGGUCGGAAUCCAGUUGACUAUAAUAGGCCUCCCGGAGAGGUUAAUCUGGUAGAGUGGCUAAAGACACUGGUCAGUAAUCGCAACUCUGAGGGAGUUUUGGAUCCAAAAUUACUCGAGAAACCUUCUUCAAGGGCAUUGAAACGGACACUCUUAGUAGCAUUGCGUUGUGUGGACCCUGAUUCACAAAAGAGGCCGAAGAUGGGUCAUGUGAUACAUAUGCUUGAGGCUGAUGAUUUCCCAUACCGAGAUGAUAAUCGAGCUGGACGAGAUCCGGGGCAAACUUAUCGUGACUCUCCACAGGAAAAAGCAAGAAUAUUAGAAAAACCAGUGACUGAAAGAGGUAAUGAUAGCGGCAUUGAGAAUGGUAACCACGUCGAUCAGCCUGCUAGGUGGAGAAAGCAAGAGGAAUAGCUGAGUGUCAUGUUUCAGUUGGAUAUCUAUUUAAGGUCUGUGUGUAUUCUUCCUACUGGAGAAAUUGCUGCUAGCUGGGAACACUACAUUAUAUGGAGGGGCCUGGGAUAACAGGUUUUCGAGAUGGAAAGCAGGUGGAGAUCACUUUCUUUUUCAGAGGUCCGCUUUUGAUGUGUGGGAGUAGUGGGUUCUGUUGGACCACCAGCUUUAUCUGUACCUCUCUUUCUCUCUCUCUUUCAGUGAAUUAUGUUUGGAAAGGGCAUGAGAUAUGUUUAUAAAUCAGGUAUAUGUGGAUUCUUGCAA